AUGUCCGUUUUUGUUGCCAGAGUCAAGAAUGUCAUUAGCGGUGAUACGGUGAUAGUCAAUCCUGCGAAAUCAACUCAGGUGCCACCGCCAGAACGGGUCAUUACCUUGGCGUAUGUCAAGCCAAUUGACGAGUUUGAAUCAAAGGAAUACUUGCGCCAAUUGUUACUUGGAAAAGAGAUCAAGUUUCGAGUGUUUAACAAGGUUCCAACUAGAGAGUUUGGUGAUAUUCAGGCUCCGAUUUUUGCCUCGUUGAUUGAGUACUUGUUGGCAAACGGAUACGUCAAGGUCAAAGAGAAUCUCGCCGAAAACGACGAAGAGGUGGAACAUUUGAGGCAGAUUGAGAACCAAGCCCGGUUGAAAAAAGCGGGGCUUUGGAAUCUAUCCAAAAAGAAAGUCGAGAUUGUCCCCAUUGACGAGCAGCUCAUUACAGAAACGCAACAAAAGCCCGCCAAGUUGAUUGUAGACAAAGUCAUCAGUGGAGAUCGAAUCGUUGCAACUGUCUUUGCUGGCAAGUUGAAAGCGUUCCAGUCGCCGUUUUUGUUGGCAGGUGUAAAGACCCCAAGGACGGACGCAGCUGAUCAACCGCAGAACCUCACCAAAAUCGCCAAGGAGGCAAAAUACUUUGUUGAGCUGAAAUUGUUGACGAGGGCCGAGUUGGAGGUCACCGUCAUUGGAGAGAGCCAGACUGGCGUGCCAAUUGCAUUGAUAAACAACAACGAUGUCUCGGAAAAGCUUCUUGAGCAAGGUCUUGGAGAAAUUGUCGAUUGGCAAUCUAGUUUGGUUGGCUCUGCCGAGAUGAGCAAGUUGAGAAAAGCCGAGCUUAUUGCAAAGGCUCUGGGUAAAGGCAUCUUUGCCAAUACCUCGUCGCCUGCUUUAAAAGUGAAAAGCGACUCCAAGUUGGCACCUGGCAAAAAACUCAAUGUUUCCAUUGCAAAAGUGGUUAGUGUCGAUACGUUUGUAGUGAGGUUGGCCGACGACGAAGAAGUUACUGUUCAAUUAUCGUCGAUAAGAGGUCCGAAACCAAACGACGCCACGGUGACAUCAGACCCCGCCCAGCAGCAAGCCUUGGUUGCUUCUGUUCGUGAGUAUGCAAGGAACCUACUCAUUGGCAAACAAGGAACUUUGUAUGUUGACGGGUACAGAGACGAAAACAAGGAGUUGAACCUCCCCGCAAGAUUUUUGGUGAAUAUCAAAUUGGGCAACACCGACAUUUCCGAGCAAUUGGUCAGCGCCGGUCUCGUUACCGUCAUUAGACACAACAAGGCCACUCAGAAUGAGCGCUCAAUGAAUUGGGACAAGUUGAUUGAAGUGGAAGAAGAGGCCAAAAAGGCCAAAAAGGGGAUUUACGGUGAUUUGAAAAAAGUCUUGACUGUGGGAACAAGAACCAUUGACGCCUCUGAAAACCUCACCAAGGCCAAGACUUUUUUUAACGGAUUCAAGCAAAAGGGAAGAAUCAGCGGUUACCACGUUGAGUUCAUUCCCAAUGCAACAAGGGUGAAACUCUUUCACCCAAAAGAUGGAAUGAAGUUGACGUUGAUCUUGGGAGGUAUUUCCAAUGAGAAGCAGGAUUCGCUUCCAGAAGGCACUGCUUAUUUGAACAGGAAGUUUUUGCAGAGAUCAGUCGAGUUUGAGAUUUACAGCACCGACAAGUUGGGCUCGUUCAUCGGUAACCUCUACGCCAACGCCAAUGCAACCGCACCAGUACAGGAACAACUCUUGCAACAAGGCUUGGUCAAGAUCCACGAUUUUGCAAUCAACACCAACCCUCAAGCAUCGUCACUCAUCAAGGCCGAAGACCGGGCCAAAGCCGAAAAGAAAGGAAUUUGGAAAAACUACGACGCCGCCAAAGCCGAGGCAGCUCAGCAACAGCAACAACAGCAACAGCAAGGGCAAGCUUUAGCUGAAUUGAAGCCCAAGUUUUUUGACAUUGAGGUUGUCGGCGUAGAGUCCCCCGGUAUCAUAUCGUUCCACAUUACCGAUGCAAGAACUAAGCAGCAGUUUGCAGCUUUCAAGCAACAAUUUCAACAAUUCCAUGCUCAAUCCGUUAGCGCUUCCAAGUUGAGCCAGGACUUGCCCGUUGCUUUCGAUAAAGCGCCCAAGAAGAACGAGUUGGUUUCGGUGAAGUUCGACGAAGAUGGCAAGUACUACCGUGCCAAAUUCUUAGGGUUCGACAAACUGACAAACAAAUACGAAGUUGUGCAUCUCGACUACGGCAACAAGGACAAGGUGCCGCUUAGAAGUUUAAGGCUCUUGCCAGCGAAAUUCAACACCUCGGCAUACCCGCUGUUUGGCCACAGUGCAACUUUGCAAAACUUAAAGUACCCGCCUGACUAUCUCGACGAUGCAGUUUACGCCAUCGACGAGUUGACGUUGGACAAGAGCUUAGUCAUUAGCGUCUUGCCCGGAACGGACGCCGAGUACGAAGGUGUCUUGUAUGACUCGGAAAAGAGUUUGAAGGAGUCGUCGUACACUAUCAACAAGGAGUUGGUCAAGGAUGGCUUGGCCGUGGUUGACACAAAAUUGGUACCACCGGCAGUAAAAGACUACGUGAAUGACUUGUUGAAAGUCCAAAAAACCGCCAGGGCCGAACACAUUGGAUGCUGGGAGUUUGGCGAUGUUGCUUUUGAAGAAGAGAGUUUGUUAGCAUGA